AUUACAAAGAUAAAUGUCUGAAGUAAUCUCAGCCACCUCUUUCGACCAAAGGUUUAGUUCUCAGAAUAUAUUUGAGAAUGACAUGUCUACAUUCUGGAUGACCACUGGAUUGUAUCCCCAAGAACUUGUGAUUGACCUCAAGGCACCCCAUAAUCUAAAUGAGUUAAAGCUUAAGUCUAUGAGAGUGAAAAACAUCAAAAUUGAAGCAUGUACUGAUAACUCAGGCAGCGAGUUCUUUGAAGUUGGAAAGAAAGAAAUGGACAACAACAGCGAUAGCAUGCAGACUGAGAAGAUUAGUCUUACUGGGGCUAAUGGGAUCAUUCUCUUAAAGAUAAUCAUUCAAGAAGGGCAUGAUGAUUUUGCUUCAAUCCAUUAUGCAGAUUUAAUCUAAAUCUUUCCCAAAGCUGUAUCGGAUCUCUGUUCUUUAUUCUGUCUUGCAAAAAUCUCAAUC